UUAAUUGACAGUUGACAAAACAGAAUACUAAUUUGACAAUAACAUACUUCUACAAAUAUGGCUAUCGGGGUGGAUAUUUCAAAAAGAAAACCUCGACAAGUAACUGGUACUCCGUCAGCCAAAGCCAGAAAUAUUUUGGGAAUUGGAAUAUUGAGCUUUGGAGUAAUUUGCGGUGUUUUCUACCAUUUCGUCUGCAUUCCUUCCAAGCUUCGGAAAUUCGCUGAAAGCAUUUACGUAGAUCCAAUCGAAGAAGUAGAAAGAAAACAAGUGAUAGCAUCAGGCUUACUCCCUAGAACAGGUGAUCAAAUCAGAAAGAUGAUAGAAGAAGAACAGAGGCCUGAUUUGCCGCACAAAUAGGAUGAAUAUAGAUAAAUUUAGUAAUAGUGAAACUACAUCAAAAACCGAAGUUAUAAGUAAAUAUUUCUCCAAAGAAAAUGAUAUGGACGAGAGUUUGUUAGAGUUUCAAGAGAAAAAGAAGAAUGUAGCUGGUCCCAAAACAGUAAAACCUAAUACCAAAAAGAAGAAAAGUAAGCGACCAAAAGCACAAAGAGAUAUAAGAAAUUUGUUGAAUCCCAAAAGGAAUGAAUUAUUAAAGUAUUCAAAAGAUUUCGAUCAUUUGUGUAAGCAAUCUGGUAUUGAUGUAGACUCUGAACAACUUCAGCUGGCUGUGGCACUGUCAAAAUCAUUACAAGACUCGGAAAAAGUAAUACCUAAAGUGACAGAUGAUUCAAAACCACUGACAUCACAAGAAAGAACAUUAAAAAUUAGGAAAACAUUACAAGAGUAUGGAUUUAAAGUUCCACAAAAUGUCUCAGUAGAAACAAACAAAAGAAGCAGAAAGCACAAUAAAAAUUAUAAACUUCUAUUGCUGUCUAGUUCAGAGAAAGAACAAAUUAUAUCAGACAGAUAUACUCAAGUGUUAUUAAAUCCAUGUAAUACUGUAGAUAAUACAUUACAUUUUAUACCUAAUGAUACUAUAUAUUAUAAAACUACUUAUAUAUCUUAUGAAAGAUUGAAAAGCAAUUACCUGCUAGUUCUAGAUGUGCUUGAACAACCUUCAAAUGAUAUCAAUUUGUUACGAAAUUGGGCAGAAAUACCCGGCAGACCUGCAAGUCCAGUUUUCGAGGGACCAUACAUAAGUUUUAAUGAUAUUCAAUGCUCGCAAGAUGAGCUAGAUAAUUUAUUCAGUGGUUCUUUAAAAACGUGUCAUGAAAUUAUUGAAAGGAAACUUGUAGAUAAUUCGGUAUUAACAAAUUGUCAUAUAAAUGAUGAUUUUACUAACCAAUCCAACAAUUCAGAUAUGGAGGUAAAUAAAAUGAAUUCAGAGCAUAACACUCAGAUGUCAUAUGGGGUACCAAGUAUGUCAAAAACUUUAUUACCAAUAUCUGAACAACUGGAAAGAAGUAAAUCACCUGACAUAUUUGAUGAUGAAGUCUCAGAGAUAAUGGAUGAAGUAAUUGACAAACCUAUUGACAAUAAACACAAAUCAAUCAUAAGCCAUGAUACAAUGGAUCUAACAGAAUGUGUGAAUGUACAAAACAUUACAAGAAAGAAAUCUAAUGACUUUAUGGAAAUGACUAAUUGUGUUUUACAAACAGAACACCAAAAAAAUUGUUUUGAAGAAAUUGAUCUUACUCAAGAAUCAAAUGUAAAACAUAUUAGUAUUUGUUUAAAACAUAGUAACAAAGAAUGUUCCCCUGAUUCCAACAUAAUCUGUGAUGCUGAUGAAACAAAUAAAGGUGCUCAGAUUAGUUAUCUAGCAGAUACUCAUGUAGAAGAUGGCUCAUCAGUAACUGAUAUCCAAAGUAUUAAGCACAUUGAUAAUUGCUCAAAAGAUUUAAUUUGUAAUUUGGAUUCCAGUGAUGAAUUGCCAGAUAUAAAAAUAAAUGGGAAAAAGAAUUUAUCAUUGGAUGAUACUGUAAUAAUCAAUGAAGAUUGUGACAUUGCAGUUGAGUCAAACUUUGAUAUAAAUGAAAAUCAUGAACCAGUUUUUGAUUUGACAUCUGAAAACUGUGCACUAAAUCCUUCAUGUAAAUAUAAAGUAGUAGAUAAUAGUGAUAAACGCAACCAUUGCAAAAUUGUUGGAAGCAAUAUUAAUGUAGAUGACAGUAAAGAUCAAACUGUUCCAUAUGAUAAUAAUGUAGAUCUUAUAUUGUCUCCUAAAAAUUAUUUAAAUCAGCCAUCAUGUAGUUAUAUUACAAAAAUUACUAACAAUAGUAGCAUUGGUAGUGGUAGUAGUUAUAAAAUUAUAAACAAUAUUAUUGAUAUUGAAAAUGCUGAAGAUGAUUUUAAUAAUAUUGGUGCUACUAAAUAUUGUAAUAAUAAAUCAAAAGAACAUAAUAAUGGCGAUGAAAAACUUGGAGAAAUGAAUAGUAGUGUGAAUACGAGAUGCAAUUCCGAAAUUGAAAAUUAUGAUGAUAAUAUUGAUUUAACACAAUCUUCCAAUUCAAUGUUUUCUGAUGAUGGUAUACAAGAAUCAUCACAGCAAAGUGCAGUGAUUAAUGAUGAAAAUAGUGGUGUUGAAAUUAUAGAUAAUGUUGAUAAGGAAGAAAAUGGAGACGAAACUGUACUGUAUGAUGAUGUAGACCUUACACAAUUUUCAAAUUCAAGUGUCAAUGAAAAUACACAAGCUAUGAGUUAUAAUUAUGUAUCAAAUCUACCCUCAUGUUCUGGAACUUUUGUUCAUCUUGGAAAAAUAGGUGAUAAAUCAAUUGAUUAUGAUGAAAUGUAUGAUGAUGUUAUAGAAAGUUACUCAAAUGUGUCCAAAUCGAGAUUAAAAUCAGAAACUAAUCUUAAAACGGCAGACAAAGAUAGCAAUAAAUCAAGUAAUACAACAUAUUUGGAUAUAAACAAUGCAUCAACUUCAAGAAAUCAUUCUGUAUCCUUUAUAAAUCCUGAUAAAUACGUUAAUAAAUCAACCAAUGAGGUGAUACAAGCAAAUUUUGAUUUCGGAGGUAUUUCAGUAUUAGACAAUUGUACAGGUAGUGAAUCACCACAUAGAGAUAGUUACUUACCAUUUGUAAAUGUAAAAGAAACUGAAAAUGAUGUACAGGUCAGUUCACCAGAUCCUAGUAAUAAUGAGCAUUUUGAUUUAAUGAAAACACCAGAAAAUGAUGAAUACAUAAUUAAAGUCGAUCAAGUAACACCUAAACCAGAUUAUGAAGCUAUGUCGACUCCGGAAAUGCAUAGAGAAUUGGAUAAAUAUGGUGUAAAGCCCUUUAAAAGAAAAAGAGCUAUAAAACUUCUAACAUACAUUUACGACCAAACUCAUCCCUUCGUAGAAUCUUGUAUCGAAGAAACUUCAACCCCUUCAAAGAAACUCAAAACUUCCCAUCCUGUUCGAGAGAGAUCAAAAUCUCCAGAAAAAUCACCGUCAAAUGCUGUUUUGAAUAAUGACAAGGAAAAUACUUGUAUAUAUGUACAAACUAACAAUAAACCAAUUAUAACAGAUAUUGAAUGUAGCCCAGAGGAUUGGGUGUUUCAGAAAAGAGAAAAGCCAAAGAUACAUUCCUGUCGGGUUCCAUUGCAUAUAGCGUUCCACAAUUAUGUCUCUUGUCGCAGAACGUUGCGGGAAGCUAUAUUGUGCUAUGAGCCAAUCAACAUAGAUGUUGUACAUAAGGGUUUAGUUGCUAGUGGAUAUAAAUAUAAUCCUAAGGAUCUUUUAAAAUUUAUGGACAAAAAAUGCAUAACUGUCAAGACUGCAGAUAAUAAUGCUAGAAAUAAAAGGUGACAUUACCUCAUUUGUCACGUCGAACAAGUACAAAAAAAGGAUCGCUGCAUUUUUGUGUAUAUUUUUAAUUUAACUACUAAUAAAUGUGAUUAUUGUU